CCGUUCAACAAGUUCGCCCCGAUAAAUGACUGCGCGGCUGUCUUCCCCAAACACCUUUGAAGGUCGUCGACAGCCUUGCAGAACUCGACGAUGGCGGUUGUAGCAGAUAAGGACGCAUUCACCGAGGAGCGGAUUGAAAUCCCGUUCUCGCUCCCGUCGACUUCGUCGGAGGGCGCGAUUGUGGGAACGCUGACCACCCCGCGCAGGCCGUCCUAUCCGCCCACUCAGUUUGUGCUGAUCAUGCACGGCUUUGGCGGACAUAAGAAUUACUGCUAUCAGAAGUUGCUGGCACAUAGACUUGCACAGGACGACUUGGGGUUUUGCUCGUUUAGGUUUGAUUUUAGGAAUUGUGGGGAGAGUGCUGAGAUUGAGAGUUCGGCGGGGAGAACGUUGGAUGAUGAUAUUUCUGAUAUCAGGGACGUCGUUACGUUUUUUAGAGCAACGAAGGGGAUGGAAGUGGUCGCGUCAGUAGCUCACUCGAGAGGAAACAUCGCCUCUUUCAUCUACUCUCUCCGCUACAAUCAUACCUUUCCCUACUACGUCAACUGCAGCUCACGAUUCCGCACCGAGCUCAUUAUCGAGAAAGCAAAGAACGCCAACCCAAACUGGGAACAAGACGGAGGCUACUGGGCCACCGUACCGCGCUACAUGAAGACCAAGCGCGUGCUGAUUCCGGCUUCUGAAACGCUCAGUCUUGCAGAACCAGAUAUGACUUCCCUCGUUAAUCUUUCAGAAUGUGCAAGUUUUCUGUCUGUGUACGGACUUAACGAUGGCACAUUGUUUGUAGAAGACUCUGCAAAGUAUGCAAAUUUACUCGGUGCGCGCCAUACACUGCAUUACGUUCGCAAGGGUGAUCAUAACUUCUACGGCCUGGAUCCAGAAUCUGGCGAGCGCGUGAGUUAUAAUCCUGAAGUCGUGCGGGUUAUCGCAGACUGGCUUUCGCCAGAAUCGCGCCGGCAGCGGUUUGUUAAGCAAAGCAGUCGAGCGUUGAAGAUUAAUAGUCGGUUUAAAAAUAUAGAAGGGGUGGUGAAUUUCAGAGAUCUCGGAGGGUGGAAGGUGCCAGCAAAAGGGAAGAAGGUUCGGUCGGGCAUGAUAUACAGAGCUGCGUCGCUUCACUCUUUGACAGAGAAUGGCGAGCGUCAAUUGAAGGCCUUGGGGAUUGCAAAGGCUUUUGAUCUACGAUCCGCUUCGGAGUGCGAAAAGAACGGUAUCUACUCCAUCGAGGGUAUCGAGCGGAUACACACCCCGCUGGGAAAAGAGCCCCACGAUCAAUCCGCGCUCGACACGUCCACGAAAUUGCUACAGCUGAGUACCGGCGUAGACGGGUACAUUAACCUUUAUCGCGAGAUUCUCCAGGACGGGAAACUUGCGUACCGGACGAUUUUCGAGCACGUGCUGAAGUACCCGUCGCAGCCGUUUGUGGUUCACUGUACUGCGGGAAAAGAUCGGACUGGUGUAUUUUGCGCGCUGGUUCUAGAGCUCUGUGGCAUUGAUCGGGAUGUUAUAUCAAGAGAAUAUGAGCUCACGAGAAUCGGCAUAGCGUCCAAGUUUGAGCAAGUGAUACAGAAUUUCUCUCUCAAAUAUCCAGAGGUCACAGAUAGGGCGAAGCUGGAGUCGAUGAUCAGCUCAACCUACGAGACGAUGUAUAAAACGCUAGUGAUGCUAGACGAAGAGUUUGGUGGUGUACAGUUUUAUCUUACAGAGUAUCUAGGAUUCUCGCAGGACGAGAUAUCACAGAUCAGGGAUAAUCUUUUGGAAGGUUAGACUUCACACAAGUCAAAUCAUUUAAAAGAUUGAGUAAUUAUCAUCAGCAGCAUUAAUAGGCUCCAGAUAGCAAGCUAUUCACA